CUCUCCUCUUUCCACACACUAUUUCUUGAAAUUUCAAUCUUUUUGGUUGAAAAGGGUAAAAUUUAUUUUUGCCAACUAUUUUGGAUUAUUUUGUAAAUAUUUUAAACACAUAUCACAAAAAAUGAAUGAAGCAGCUUUAGAAAGUAAAGAAGAACUUGAAAAUUCAGAAAAUUUUACAAAAGAUGCAGCAGAACCAGAAACUUCAAAAUCUUCAAAAAAUGCAAUUGAUAAUUUAGAGGAAAGCGAAGAAAAUAAUCACCAAAAUUAUGAGGAUGACGACGACGAUGAUUUUGGGGAUUUUGAAGAGGCCCCACAAACUGCCUUUAAUAGAGUAAAUAUACCUGAAAAAGAAGACGAAUCAGACUGUCAAAAUACUUUUAAAGAUGAAAAUUGCUCAACGUCCCAACAACAAGCACCAACAACAUCCACUACAAAACCAACUUUUUUAACAAUUAAAGAUAUAAUAGAACAACCAGAAUUGAUGGAAACAUUGAAGAUUAUUCCUCAAACCCCAAAAGUAGGCAACAACAAUUUAAUUUUAAUUAAAUCAACAACUUCAAGUAAUUCAAUUUUUGAUGAUUUAUGUAAACAAAUGGAUAAUAUUGAACAAAUUAAUUUGGAAGAAGAAAAGGAAGGGGAAAUUGAAGAAGAAAAAGGAGGAGAAGAGGAGGAAGAAGAAGCAAAGGAGGAUGAAGAGAAGAAAUUGAGGAGGCAUUCUUCCAUUGUUUACAGGUCUUUAAACUUUUGGAGCCAAAUUUGUUUUAUUGAAGAAGCUAAAGCACUCAAAUUUAAAUUUGCGGACUCUUUCACUUUUAAAAGAAUGGUUGAAACUUUGAGGUUUAAUAAUAAUUCUUCUUGUGAUGAGGUUUAA